UCGCUAACCAAGGGUUACUCUACGCUAAGCUCCAUUUCACCCUUGGCUUCGUUCAUUUCAUAUUUGACGCCUCCCGCUAUCGCCACCUAGCGAGCGCAAGGUUUACCUCCCCUUACAGCAAGUUUCCAUUAGCCAAUCAAAUCGCUUGUACUAUCUUGCAUCACUUUGCAAAAAUGGCUGCGGUCAUAGACGACUCACUUCGACAGAAUCUGUGCGAUAUUUUCAAAAUACAUGAACUGAGACCACACCAAAACCGUGCAAUUCAAGCUCUUAGUGAAGGAAAGGAUGUGUUUAUAGGUACCAGAACAGGAAGCGGCAAGUCGCUUGCAUAUGAAUGCUAUCCACUCGUCUCCAAAGGCGCUAUUGUGCUAGUCAUUGCUCCGUUAGUAAACAUUAUGUCAGAGCAAUGCAAACGGUUGAUUGACCAUGGAUUCAAGGCAACUUAUAUAGGCAAAGACCACCAUGAUGAUGAGAGAAUCGCAGAAGGGUAUUAUGAUUUCGUGUUUGGAAGCCCAGAAUGUUUUUUAGAUGACACAAAGUGGCGCAACAUGCUCAAAUCGAGUGUUUACCAAGAGAGACUAAAACUGAUUGUUGUUGAUGAGGCCCAUACCGUGAUACAAUGGGGUGAGAGUUUGAAAGGAGAGGAUCCGUUCAGGGUGUGUUUUUCAAGGAUUGGAGAACUUCGUUCUUUAUGCAAAAAAGCUAAAGUCUUAGCACUAACAGCAACUUCUGGCCCAACACAGAGGAGGAAAAUCAUGAGGACCCUUUGUUUCCUACCCAAUAAUGAUGUGAUUGUUGAAUCGCCCGACAGAAAUAACAUCAAGAUCACUACCAUGUGUAUUCCAGUUACUCAUGACUUGGAAGACACUUUCCGAUUCUUACUGAAUGAUCUUGCAAGAUUAAAGGAAAAUUUACCAAGGCAUGUGAUCUUUUGUGAAACAAUUGUAAAUGUUUCAAAGGUUUAUUCAAUCUUUGUAAAACAUUUCGGUCAGGCAUGCGAAAUGAUAAACAUGUAUCAUAGCAAAACAACAGAGAAAGUAAAAGAAAAAAUAAGAAAUGAUUUGGCAGUAGAUGGGAAAAUUCGUAUUCUGAUAUGCACAAAUUCAGCUGGAAUGGGUGUGAACUUUUAUGGUUUAAACAACAUCAUUCACUACGGAUUGCCACGAGAGAUGGACACUUUUGUUCAACAGAUGGGUCGAGCUGGACGAGAUGGCAAUUUUGCACAUGAACUUGUUUUGUACACUGCCCACAAGAAACAUUUAAGUCGCGUUGAAGAUGACCUCGUGAAACUUGUGAAGGACGAGUCCCAGUGUAGACACUAUUGCUUAUGCCAUGCCUAUGCGACAAAUCAUGAACAAAUUGAACCAAAACACAAUUGUUGUGAUGUGUGCCAGAAAAUUUGUAAGUGUAGUGAAAGUGUUUGUCCGCGCCAACAUGCAGUAUUUGAUCUGGAACACACUGAUGGUGACAGUACAUGUAGUGAUGUCAUGAAACGGUUGGUGUCUGAUGAAGAGAGAAAGUUUUUGAGAGAUAAGCUCUUUGCAUUUAAGUUUUCCCUUUGUACACCUUCUCAACCAGAGCUUAUUCAUGGACUCACAGACAAAGUUAUUGAGGAUAUUGUGCAAAAUUGUGACAUUGUAUUCACAUCAGCUGAUAUACUCAGUUCAUUUGCAAUAUGGUCAUGUGAUGUAGCAGUUCAGAUUUUUAAUAUAAUUUCUGAAGUGUUUGGUGAAACAGAAAUGCUGGAAAUGCCUUUGACAAGUGACAGUGAGGAAGAAUCGGAGGACAAAUGAAUUUGUUUCUACAGAAAGAUAUGUGACUGAAAUGAAAUUUUUUUUUUGUCAAUUCCAUCUCAGAUUUUGGAGUUUCUUAAUUAAGAGGCAAUUUUUUGCAUCACAAGAAAUAUUACUGAUUCUAUAUUUUGAUAUAUAUAUAUAUAACAAUAUUAAAUCAGCAAAUUAAAAAAACUUGCAAGGGCUAAAAAUUGCUUCCUGAGAUUUUUAGCUAUGAUACACAGUACACAAACAAUUGUAUGCCAGUAUGUAAAUGUUAAGAAAAGUAAAUAUAAUAUUAAUGUUUCA